CGAAGGUAGCAUGCGGCUUGGAUACUUCCGCGGCUUCGAGUGCCAUCGUCCAUGGAGGCGCCGCGGGUGGAGGACGUGAUCGCCUUCCUGACGGCACGCGGCUUCUCCGCCGCCGCCUCAGCCCUCCGCGACGACCUCCUCUCCCGCUGCGCCCCCGACGGCGCCACCGACCUUGACCUCGACGUCGGAUCCGGGCUGCCGCCUCUGAGGCUGUCGCCGCAGUCCCGUGGCAGCGGCGGCGCCGGAGAGGGUGCACCUCCCAGCGCCACCUCGAGCUCCUCCGACGCGUUCGUCAGCCUUGCUUCGUCCCCUUCCGAGCUUUUGAAUCCCUAUGGAGUCUGGUCACCCGCUCGGGCUAGAUCGGAUGACGAGUCAACUGAUCAGCAUUCAGAAUUUGGGACCGCCCGAGAAUACAACAACUACUGGUACGACGACCAGUAUGGAGGGUGUCACAAUGAUCCCUUCCUCGUGAUGAGUGACCCUGGCCGAUCGCAUAGCCAGGACAAGUUCAUCCUGUCUACAGAGGGGAAGGAGCAGUUCAACAAGCGAGCUACUUUUGGUUUUGCAUCGAGUGAUCAUGAUGAUGAAGGUUGCGAGGGCUGUGCUGAGAUUUACAGUUGUCCAUUCCCUAUUUGUGAUUGCUGCCGUGGAUCAAAGAUGCAUGACAAUGGAGAGGUUGCCGACAUGAUCAGGAGCUCGAGCUCCGCUAUUUAUGGCCGCUAUCAGAUAUUGGAUGACCAUACGGAGAUGUUGGAUGAAUGUGGGGGGGAUGAGUUCCAGUCAAUAAGGGUAAAUGAGCGGCCUGAAACUGUUCUGGAGCAUGAUUUCUUUCACAAUGGAAAUCCAGUCGAAGAUAAGGAAUGCUCAGAAUCAGGUCUGCCGGACAAGGAAUUGCAGAUGUUUGACAAUAAUGCAGCUGAUGAUAGCAACCGCUUGAACUAUGAUCCCACACACAAUAAAGAUCUCAGAGGAGAUUCAUGUAACAGAAAUCUAAUCUUCGUAAACAAGAUGGAUGAUGAAGAGUUACAAAAGGAAUCUUAUAGUAUGCCACCAUCUGAAGAGGAGGCUUCCAAACAAGAUGUUAAUUAUCCUUAUGGAUUUGGGGAUUAUGGGACAGUUGGUAGAGACUUGGAGGACUCUAGAGCUGUUGGCCUUGAAGGAGAAGAUGGUAUGGAUGAUGAGCUUCAACUUUACAAUUCUUGUGAGGAUGAGAUGGAAGUAUUUGACUUGAGAAUAGUUCAUCGGAAAAACAGGACUGGUUUUGAAGAAAAUAAAGAUUUGUCAAUAGUUUUGAAUUCAGUUAUAGCAGGCAGAUAUUAUAUCAUGGAAUAUCUUGGUUCAGCUGCAUUUAGCGAUGUUGUCCAGGCACGUGAUCUUCAUACAGGCAUAGAUGUGUGCCUUAAAAUAAUAAAGAACGAUAAGGAUUUUUUUGACCAGAGUUUGGAUGAAAUUAAACUCCUCAAAUUUGUUAAUAAGCAUGAUCCUUCUGAUGAACGCCAUCUAUUACGCCUUUAUGACUACUUCUAUCAUCAGGAACAUCUUUUCAUUGUCACGGAGUUGCUACGAGCUAACCUGUUUGAAUUUCAGAAGUACAAUCAUGAAUCUGGUGGUCAAGUGUAUUAUACAUUGCCUAGAAUACAGGCUAUAGCUCGACAAUGUCUAGAGGCCUUGGAGUACCUGCACAAUUUGAGGAUAAUUCAUUGUGAUCUGAAGCCUGAGAAUAUUCUUAUCAAGAGUUAUAGCAGAUGUGAAAUCAAGGUUAUUGACCUCGGAAGCAGUUGCUUCGAGACAGACAACUUAUGCUUAUAUGUACAGUCUCGUUCUUAUAGGGCGCCUGAAGUUAUCCUAGGUCUCCCAUAUGAUCAGAAGAUUGAUAUCUGGUCUCUAGGCUGCAUCCUUGCUGAGCUUCAAACUGGUGAUGUGCUAUUUCCAAAUGACUCGGUCACCAUGAUACUUGCUCGCAUUAUUGGGAUACUUGGUCCGAUUGAUGAGGAGAUGCUUGCACUAGGUCGCGAAACUAGUAAAUACUUCACUGAAAAUUGUGACCUUUAUCACAGAAACAAGGAAACUGACCAAGAAGAGUAUCUAAUACCAGAGAGGUCCUCAUUGUCACAUCAACUGCAAGAUUGUGAUGCCAAGUUUAUUGAUUUCCUUUCUUACUUACUCCAAAUAAACCCUAGGGGGAGACCAACAGCAAGAGAAGCACUAGAGCACGAAUGGAUUUCCUUCUCAUACAAGUGAAUCUAUUAAGGUUUCAUAGGCAAAUAACCUGUUGCUGUGUCUUCUACUUGGGUAUCCCAAUUUUACCACACCAGUAAACACACAUACAUGUGUCCCGAACGUGUAAAUAUAUCAGGAACCAUGUCUUUGUGUAUAAUCAGUUUUCUUUCAGGAGUUGCGAUGCGGGUUCUUGUUGCUUAUACUCAAAUAGUGGUUGAGGAAGAAAUGUAAGAUGAGCAACACGAAGUUGAUAAUGAGUAGGAUAGAAAGGGAUUGAGGUAUCGUGAUGGUGAUAAUAUGUAAUAUGGAGACUAUUUUCAAUACCUCACAAGAAGUCAUACUGACAUUUGGCUUCAAAUAAGAUAGUUGUUUCGAUGUCAAGAACGAGCCAUGUAAAUCUGACUGCAACUGUUCCCCGUGUGGCUUGUUUUUGCUAUAAAUUGUUUCAUUCUAAGCUGCCUACUUCUCAUUA